CAUGGUCAUCUGUGGCAUUGACAAUGUCACCCUCUUCCAAGGACGCACACAAGCCGAGAGAAUUGCUUACAAAAUAUUCUCGGACGAUUUCACCACGACGAUGGACAGCACCAUUGACGAACUAAACCAACAGUUCAAGACCCUCGCAGGAUUGACAAUUGCACAAGGACAGAUACGCUUAAUGCCAGCUAUCAAAAAUAACAUCCGCACAUUCAUCCAAUGGUGCAGAGACAAGAUUUGCAUGGGACGAGACCCUUCCACAACGCCAUUUCCCGUCGUUGAUGCAGCCAAACUACUCAGACGCAUGAAAACACACAAACAAUAUGUGUAUGGCUCCAAGUUGAUGUUGCAACAAGCACUUCUGCAAGAUUUCACCAAUGAUGUCCAUUGGGAAGAUUGGUGCCCAACGUUCAAAAAUUACCUUCGCACCAUACCAGGAAGAGACGGUGUGCCACUGAGCUACAUUGUGAGAAUGAACGAUGCAGGAAUGCUCACCCUGCACAAAGAUUUCUUGGAAACCUACGUCAACAUGGCACCACAUGUUGGCAAAGCAUACGUCAUGGAUAACGCCAAAGUCCUAGUCCUUCUCAGCAACUUUAUCGUGGGGAAUACCAAAGCUGAAGCGAUUCUCCAAGCCAUCAACAUUGCAGGCAAUGGGAGAGAAGCAUUCAACGCACUACGUACCCACUACGAGGGUGAAGGAAUCCAACCAAAAAUGAACUGGUCCAUGUUUGAACAAAUGUUAAAGAAAGCAUAUGCAACAUGUGACAAACAUCAGGGGAGAGAAGUCCAUUCAGAUGCAAUGAAACUGCGUAGCCUACAAAACAAGGUUACAGCACCAUUCCUACAACUGAACAAGAUGGCAAUCGAUACGGAAGUUGAUGACUUUCACGAUAGCAUUACAAAUCUACCAAACUGCAGUGAGAGAAAAGUUUCCCCAGGGAACCAGCAAUGCAACCGAUAG